GUAUGAAGAAGAGGAGAGGUCUGAGAAUCCAGUGACUUUUCCUCUUGCACUGAAGUGGAGGAUCUGGGACUUCUGUGAUAUCACUCACUCACUGGAAGGUGUCACGAAGCAGUUGAAAGACAAUCUGGAUUCUGAACUUCACCUGCAGAAAGCAAAUGUGACUCUGGAUCCGUAUACAGCCCAUCCCCAACUCAUCUUGUCUGAGGAUCGGAAAAGUGUGCAACUAGGAGGAAAGGCUCGAGCUCUGUUCAAAAAUCCUGAGAGAUUUGACAAAUGUUCCUGUGUUCUGGGCCGUGCGGGAUUCACAGGAGGCCGCCAUUUCUGGGAAGUCCUUGUGGGAAGUGAGGAAGAAUGGACAGUGGGAGUGGCCAGAAAGUCUGUGAGGAGGAAGGGAGAGUUCUCCUUUGAUCCUGAGGGAGGGUUCUGGGAGGUGGGGAGGUGGGGGGGCAGCUACAAGGCUUCUGAAAAAGACCUUGAUCCUCCCCUGAUCCUGAGUGGGGAGCUCAAGAGGAUCCGAGUGUGCCUGAACUACACUGCAGGGAGAGUGGCCUUUUUCGACGCUGACCGAGCAGCCCUUCUCUACGAGUUCUCUGGAGCCUCUUUCUCUGGAGAGACCCUCCUCCCCUUUUUCUGUGUGUAUUUAGAAGGCCACCUCCAACUCUGUUAAGACAGUCAUUUUGCACCAGGGCCACUAAAAAUACGUAUGUAUUACUUAAGAUUCCUGUUUUUUCGCUCUGCGAAGGUCUUCUCCAGGCUCCCAAUCAGCAAAACUGAUAAAUAAAAUUGAGUCUGCUUUUUCCUCAGAAAGAGACAAUGCCCCGUUCCACUCAUUAUAUAAUAACAUAUCUGGACUAAAAGGUCUACACAGACUAGCAGGCUUCUGCUAACCCCCAUAACCCUUAAUCCUGCCUUCUCGCUCUCCCAGCCCAAUCUCUGCCAGCUGUGGAGAGGAAGAUGCCAACCCCC